AUGGAGGCGCGGAAAUGGAAAGAAGCAGAGUCCAUUGAACUCACCGAAUGGACCAAGAGAUUUUUGAGAUACGCCAAAUUUCUACCGCCAUCCGCUAUCAAAAUGGUUCCCGGUAAAAGUAUCGCUGAAGUGCUCUUCGGAACAAGUACUCUUCGUCACUCAGCUGUUCAUCGCCUUCCAACUAGCGCAGCCGGAAUUUUGAACAUGCUCAGUGCAGCUAUCACCUUUGCAGAAGCUCUUAAUGACUCCCAACGAGCGGAGAAGGUAGUGGGACUCAAAACGCAGCUACAAGCUAGCAUAGAGGAAAUUGUGCAGCAUCAAAAUCUGCUCCAACGCAAGCUCACAGAUCAAUUUGAAGAUAUUGCGCGUCGGAGAGCUGAACUUGACGAGUUGGAAAGAUCAUCAAUCGAGGAGAUGCUGGCAGCGGACAAGAAGCAACGCACUGAGGUUGGCUCUGCCUUUGAAAGCUUCCUUGUUGGCUCCCAACAGGUCUUCAAUCCUUGCAGCUGCAGUCAUACAUCCAGCCUUGAUGGAGCGAAGGCGGACUCUAAGGCAGAAGAGAACAACGAGAGUAGCUGGAUAGAACACGAAAUGAAACCCUUAGCCGGGAUAAAUGAAGCACAAGCUUACGACCAAAGUCCACUCUGCGAAGUGACACCUCGUCAAGGCGAAAAGUCGGAGCACGAUGACCGACCUCCUUGUCAUGAUAACAGUGGUGGUAAUGUCGAAGGAGAACUGGAAAUCUCGGAAUUGACUCUUUCAACUUUAAGGUCUAAGGGGCAAAAGAAAAAAGGGAAGAAGGCUGCAGCAUCUGGCAGGGAUAUUCCUGCAGCUGAGCAAGCGCCUGUUUCUAUGGAUGAAGCUCCUGCUUCAGAAGAAGCGCCUCCCACCCCAGUACAUGUCACUCACAAUCUGGGAUGCCGUGGAAAUGGAGCUUGGAAUUUCGUCGCAAGUAGUGGUGUUGCUGCAGAGCCGCAUAAUGUAGUAGAGGAAGCUAUCCCCACCGAAGCUUCCUCCACAGAUGAGCCUUACAUUAUUGCGCCUGAGGAAGAUCCAUUGGCGGAGGAUAUAUUGCCUGCAGAAGAAGCCUUCUCCGAAAAGGACCAAAUUGGAAAGGGAAAAGUUGCUCCCCAGGUGACGCUGGAAGCUUCACAAGCCGAGCCAAUCACCGAAGGCUUCGAUAGCGCAAAGGAACACACGCUCGACCAACAUGACAGAAUUCCAAACGACUUAGAGGAUCCCUAUGAACCAACGCCAAAGCCUGAUAUCGCUCCAAGGCAUAGUGCUCUAGCUGAGAAUGCUGAGUUCCUUGUACCGCCUCCAAGGCCUGCUCUUUGUGCCGUGCGCGCUAAAUCUAAUCAUCACUCACCUCUUCCCUCGGCGCCGGCGUCUACAGCGACUUCCGUCCUUGAGACUGCAGCCCCAGAGGCGCCAACGGGAGAUGGCCAUACCAUCACGCUCGAAAUUCUUAACGGCAGCAGGGUCCUCAGAGCUAUCGUCUUUAUUAGAGCUUGCACCCGGACGGCAAUAUUGAACGAAGCAAGAGCAUACUACGUGAAAUGGGCACAAGAUGAUCAAGUUCUUGGGACACAGCUGGCACAAGGAUGUGAUCUGGCCUUGAUAUCGUUAAACAUGUACGGGUACGACAUGGACUUGUCGACAUACAAGAUUGAAAACCUGUCCUCUCUACUUGGGGCUGUUGAGAAAACGAGUGUUCCGAGAUUUACGCUCCGGAUCUCUGAGAAUUGA